AAAAAAUAUUGCCAAGUAAGCUAAUUGCUAUUGCGAUAGUGUGAUACAGUUACAAUUACAAUAUAAAAUUGUAUAGACGCAAUAUAAUAAGAUUCGUCUUUAAUAUUCGUCGGCUUUUUGAUAUUUUCGUAGGUGUAAGAGGCAACUUUUCUUAUGGAGCAGGAUAAAAAGAUUUUAGUCAAGUGUGGGGGAUUUUCCACACAAUUGGCAAAGCAUGUUGGCAGUAAAAUAGAUGGCGAUCCAUUGUGGGGUUCACGUUUUGAUCAUGAGAAUCCCUCCGCCGUUGUUAGAACACAUUUGGACUUUUUAGAAAAUGGAGCCCAAAUAAUUCUAUCCAAUACGUAUCAAUCGAGCGUUCAGGGAUUUAUGAAACAUUUGAAACUUAGCCGAGAACAAAGCAUUGCAUUGAUGAGAAAAAGCGUUCAGUUAGCCAAAGAGGCGAGAGAUCUAUACCUAAAAAAUGUGGUAGAAAAAGGUGGCACUACUGAAACUAUUUUGGUAAUGGGUUCGGUCGGCCCGUACGGUGCCAUGUUGCACGACGGUUCUGAAUAUUGCGGCAGUUACACGGAUAAAGUAUCUAAAGAAGAGUUUCAAAGUUUUCAUCGAAUACGCAUAGAUGCAUUACUUGAGGAAAAUGUUGAUGGUUUAUCGGUUGAAACUAUUCCAUGUCAAAAAGAGGCAGAGGCAGUCACUGAAAUUUUGCUUCGAGACUAUGCUCACGUUAAAUUUUGGAUAUCAUUUCAAUGCAAAGAUGACCUCCAUUUAGCUCAUGGUGAAAAUUUUGCAAAUGCGGCUAAAGCUGUUUGGGAUAUGAUUAAAAAGAAACAUGGUGCUAAAGCCAAAGACCAUAUUUAUGGAAUCGGUGUGAAUUGUGUAAAUCCCAAUUUUGUUGCUAAUCUCUUCAAGUCCCUGCACACAUUGUUGGGCAACGAAGAUUUGCCACCCCUGGUCGUUUAUAGUAAUAGGGGCGAAAUUUAUGAUGCCGAUAAAGGAGAAUGGACCGGACUCGACGACUGCAUUCCAAUGGAAUCCUAUGUACCUGACUGGAUACGCUUGGGGGCUACAAUAAUUGGUGGAUGUUGUCGAGUUUAUCCGGAAGAUAUUUUACAAAUACGUAAAUGUGUCGAUAGCUUUGGCAACAACAAUGAAUUGAGUUCAUUCAAUAAUAAACUCAAUUAAAAUCUGGGUAUAUUGUACAAAACAACAACAACAAUAUGGUUUAAUGCAUUUUUAAAUAUUGUUAUUAAAUUGCUUUACUUCAGAGAAAGGAGAAACUCAAACUACCUUAUAUUAUAUAAAACUCGGAGUGUUGUAAACAUUUUCUUUUUGUAUUCAUUCAUUUCAUUCAUAAUAGAGUUAUUGGACAUUUAUUUUAAAUAAUUUGUACCUAAAGCAAACAAAACAUAUUUUCAGAUUAAUAUAGGCCACAUAUAUUAUCUCUUAAAAAACAUAUAAACAAAAUUUGCCAGGCCACUUGUACUUGAAAUAAAACCGAAAAUUUCGCCAGACUGUGUAGGCAUUUUGAAAAUAAACUUUGCAUCUUUAGAGUAUUGACCUCAAAUAAUUGAACCCCAAAGCUGAAAUUGUAUCAGAUCAGUAUGUUCAGCAAAACAUUGUGUUAUUAUCUCUAAAAAUAAAGCAAACAAAUAAUAAAAAAAACGAAAAACAAUUUAAUAAUUUUCCUCUAAUAAAUUAUUGUUCCCAACCAAAUCUUUGAAUAUUUUGGGCAUGGCUGGCCACUGCACAUCUAUACAAGUCUAGAUCCCGAAUAAAAUGCACUGAUUAAAAAGAAAACAAUUACCGUAUGGAAACACAUCGCACCCGAUAUUAUUAAAAUUAUAAGAAAGAAUAACAAACACGUCUAGUCGUUUUAUCAAUAUGGGCUUUUGUGUCCAUCGUCAACAAUUUGUUUGUAGUACCUUAUCACCGCGAUGUAGUAGUCGUGUGAUGAAAAAUAAUACAUACAGACAAAUGUACAGCAAAGUAAAACAGAAUGGGUGUAAUAUAAAACGAAUCGACAGAGAGAUUUAUGCUGCAUAAAGUAUUCGCUUUCGAUUGGCGAAACACAUACAGCUGUUACAUCCACUCCCAAGCAUUUCAAAAUAAUCUUAAAUCAUUAAUUAAACCUUUAGAUUUGUUUUUAAAUUGUUUGUUUAUACUCUAAAAAAAGAAAAAAAAAUCAAAGCUAUACUAAUCGAGAUCAAAAGGGUUACUUCACUAUAUUUGCAAG